CGGGAUUACACUCAUGUUCCCCGAGCUCUAGAAAAAACAACUCCAACUCCUUCAAUGUAAAACUCCACAAUUAAACAGGCUCGAAGACAAAAGCCGCUUUGGUCAUUUUUACGCACCGAUAGCGGUUAAACCAAUAACGGGAAUACAAGACACAUUCAGUCAAUACUUCACUACUGUUAUGAAGCGAGAAUGAGUAGCGCAGAAGACAGCGGGAGCAAGUGCUCGUCGGGCCCGAUUUCUAGCUUUACUAUUCAGUCUAUUUUAGGUACGCCGUCCGAUGCGCCGCGCUCCGGGACCAAGGAGCUCUCCAAGGGGCCGCCGCCUGCGCCGCGGAGGCGCUCUCUGUCGGUGUCCUCGGAAGAGGAGUGCAGCGGCGGGGAGGACUCAGCAGACUGUUUCUGCUCCGACACGGGUCACAGCGAACCAUGCACCCAGCACCAACCUCACAGCUUCUCAUGUUUAGGUCCCGCAAAAGGACUUCUGUCUGGAAAUGACGGGCUGGCUCGGCGGCCGCACCUGCCCCCUCCUCUGCUGCAGGAUUAUAAGGAAGAACAGGAGAGACCGUGCCAUCAAAUGUCCCCUCUGUCCGAGGAGAGACAAUCGGACGCUGCGGACAAGCAGGGCGGCUCGGCCAAGAAGAAGACGCGCACGGUUUUCUCCCGGAGUCAGGUGUACCAGCUGGAGUCCACCUUCGACAUGAAGCGGUACCUGAGCAGCUCGGAACGGGCCUGUUUAGCCUCCAGCCUGCAGCUCACGGAGACUCAGGUCAAGACGUGGUUUCAGAACAGGAGGAACAAAUGGAAACGGCAACUCUCAGCUGAACUGGAGGCGGCGAACAUGGCCCAUGCCUCCGCACAGACACUUGUGGGGAUGCCGCUGGUUUUCAGAGAUAACUCCUUACUGCGUGUUCCAGUUCCCCGGUCUAUUGCCUUUCCGACGCCCCUGUAUUACCCCGGGAGCAACCUGCCAGCGUUACCUUUAUACAACCUGUAUAACAAGAUCGAGUACUGAUUGACUCUACUGCAAACCAAGUAAAAACGCAUUACAAAACAAUACCACAUUCUUCUAAAUGUCUCAACAUAACCCUUGUAUAUUGUAUCACUUCAUUUGUUGAGGAAUUUCUUAUUAUGCAGCAACUGUAUGUCUCACAAGAAAGCAAUCAAGCUUCCCAAUAUGUAUAAAAUACACCAUGUGUAUAAUUAAUUAUAAUAAUUUUGUACUUCUAUUUUAUUUUUUUCCCCUCUCCUUUAACUGACAUCUGAAUUUGCCAUCAUAUCUCAAUCAAGGGAAAAGUAUUCAUGAGGAAGUCUGGAUGUUUUUACACUGUUUUUAAUCCACAAGUGGUUUGUCAAGUAUGUUGCAAAGCACCAUCCAUAUUAUUUCACAUGACAUGAACCUAAUGCUGACAGGAAGAACACAUAUCUUCCAUUUACGGGAAAAUAUCAUUGUUUCUAUUGUAAUUUAGACCUUCAAUAAUAACC